CUGGGGUUCCCGGCGCGCGGCACCACCGCCUCAAUGGCGUUGGUCGCGCCGCCGCCCUCCUGGGCCUCGCGGGACCCAGGGGCCGCCCUGGGCGCAGCCGGCGGCGGCGGCGGUGGCGGCGGCGGACCCCUUCAGGUGGGCCCGCCGCCGCCGAUGCCGCCCGCGCAUCUGACGCCCUCGGCCACGCCGGAGGACAUCACCUGUCUGGUGCCCGCCGGCUCGGUUCUGACCUCAAGGGACCCCCUGCCGCCCAGCACCACCCCCGGCAGCCAGGCCAACAGCUCGCAGUCCGGCAGCUCGCAAACGGAUAAAUCGCCGAACAUCGAGUGCGUCGUCUGCGGAGACAAGAGCAGCGGCAAACAUUACGGACAGUUCACUUGCGAAGGAUGCAAGAGUUUCUUCAAGAGGAGUGUCAGGCGGAACUUAACGUACUCGUGUCGAGGGACUAGGAAUUGUCCGAUCGACCAACACCAUAGAAACCAGUGCCAGUUUUGCCGCUUGAAAAAGUGCCUGAAGAUGGGCAUGCGCCGGGAAGGUAUGCACUCUGUGCAAAGGGGGCGAGUGCCGCCGUCGCAACCCUCGCUGCCGGGUCUGCCGGGCCAGUUCGCCCUGACGAACGGGGACGCGGUCGCGUGUGCCAGCCUAAACGGACACUCUUACCUCUCGUCGUACAUAAGCCUGCUGCUGAGGGCGGAGCCCUAUCCGACCUCGAGAUACGGCCAGUGCAUGCAGCCCAAUAACAUCAUGGGCAUCGACAAUAUCUGCGAGCUCGCGGCGCGGCUGCUCUUCUCGGCGGUCGAGUGGGCCCGGAACAUCCCGUUCUUCCCGGAUCUUCAGGUGACAGACCAGGUGGCCCUGCUCAGGCUAGUGUGGAGCGAGCUGUUCGUCCUGAACGCGAGCCAGUGCUCGAUGCCCCUCCACGUGGCGCCGCUCUUAGCGGCGGCGGGCCUUCACGCCUCGCCGAUGGCGGCGGACCGCGUGGUCGCCUUCAUGGAUCACAUUAGGAUCUUCCAGGAGCAAGUGGAGAAACUCAAGGCGCUCCACGUCGACUCCGCGGAGUACAGCUGCCUCAAGGCCAUCGUUCUCUUCACCACCGACGCCUGCGGUCUGUCGGACGUGGCGCAUAUCGAAUCCCUUCAGGAAAAAUCGCAGUGCGCCCUGGAGGAGUACUGUCGGACCCAGUACCCGAAUCAGCCGACGAGGUUCGGCAAGCUGCUGCUGCGACUGCCGUCGUUGCGCACGGUCUCGUCGCAGGUGAUCGAGCAGCUAUUCUUCGUGCGGCUGGUAGGCAAGACGCCGAUCGAGACGCUCAUCAGGGACAUGCUGCUGAGCGGCAACAGCUUCAACUGGCCCUACAUAUCCACGAUGUGACACUCUGUCUGGCGGCAGCUAGCUUCCGCAUAAUAUUACACCUCGAACACCAGCGGUGUCGCGGCGCCCGACGACGAGCCGCGAGCCCGAUUCGCGUACGAGUAGAUAAAGAAUCGAGCGUGGGCGAGGGUGGGCGACGCCGCGCGAGUCCCGAAUAUGCUCGAUAACGGGGAAGGGGAGAAGGGGACGGAGAACGGCGGACGAUAGGGCGCGAUUCCGGCCUCGUUCGUCGCGAGAUCUCGAGGUCGAAGGUCGAUGCGUCGUUAUUGCCAACGUCGUCAUUAACCCGGUUACGUAUCCGCGUUACUCUUAGCGAUAUGAUGCGACAAUAUUCCUUGUCAUUGAUACUUGUACUCGCGUUUUGCUAGACCGAUACGCGGUACUCACGACGAAUCAAAAUGUCAGUCGGGACUUAAGGAACUUUUUUUGUAUCCUGAGUAGACGCGACUCGACGUCAGAAAGAGAAGGCGAAGAAUGGAGGAGGAAGGGUUAAACAGCGAGAGACUGGAGGAGAAUUAAGCGAGAUCAUUAUACGAAGUUCGACCGAGGGUGAUAGGAUAAUGCGCGCGAAGUGGCAUGGAGAAAGAUGGGCGUGCGUUGAGAAGGGGUCGUCUUGUUCGUCGGAAGAGAGGAAUUUUCGGUGACGUGCAGGGAAAGAUGAGAGAGAGAGAGAGAGAGAGAGAAAGAGAAGGCAAGGAGAAAAAUACGUAAUAAAGACGUUGCUCAUUAAGAAAAUCGCGGAGGCGCCGAGUGGCCCGACAACGUCUAAGAGAACAUCUACUGGGCGUUAAAACAUGGUACUCACUAAAGUGGUCGAGCGAAAGAGAGAAAGGGAUUUGUGCGUGCAAGGAGCUUGUCAGUUGUUCCGUGCAUGUGUGUGCAUGAGUGAAAGAAUGAGAGAAAGCGCGAAUGAACAAAAAUGAGAGAGAGAGAGAGAGAGAUUGAAAGAGUUAUAAGGGUUUGGGGGAAGGGGGGAUAGAUAGAUAGAUAAGCGUUUUGUUAUAUGGCAAAGAAUAAAAUAAGAAGAGGGUGGAAGGAAGAGGGAAGAGCGUGGCGUGAAGAAGUCAUAAAUUAGCAUUUAUAAUCAACGAUGAGGGGGAGAGAGAGAGAGAGAGAGAGAGAGAGAGAGAGAGAGAGAGAGAGCUGGUGGAUCUCCCAUUGCUAUCUCGAAUCAAUCUUCGCGUCGAGUACUCGCUAUUAGUCGAGUCAUGCCAUGGGCCUUAGUCAUUCGUCUUGACGCCUCCUCUACGAGGCUCUACGUUCUCCAAGUUCAUAGCCCGUGAAACAUUCUUUCGGAAAUAUCCCUUUCGGUCGGACGACGCUCGCGCGCUUGCAACGCAAAUCGCAGAUCUAAAUCCCACGGCGACGCUUUCGUCGAAGUCGUCCGUGAUCUUCGAGGAUUGUCGACGGUAAGUCAUGAUUUCAUCUCGAUUAUUUUCACGUAGCCGUAUGCGAUCAAGUAUCAUGCUCUUCGAUUACGGCGUAAGACCUUUUCGAAACCUCAGAAGCGACUUUAGCCUUUGUCUCGUAAUAAAAUAUUUUCGUAAAUUAUUUGUGUAAAUUGUUUUCGAAUUAGUAUAAAACUGUACGCUACGCUGAAUCGAAAAUUCUUAUUCUUCUUCGCGAAAAAUACUUUUCCUAAAAUUAUUAAAUCUCUGCAUAAUCUUAAUUAAUACUUUACACAAUAAAUCGAAGCAUGAUCAUCUAUCUGAAAUUUAUAUUUAAUAUUAAGAAAGAUCAUUAUUAAUAAAUUAGCGAGAUUCUCUUUUUUUUUAAUAACACGCCCUAAUUACUACAUGUGAAGAUAAUUUUGAACGAAUUUCAAUAAUUUGCGUUAUAUAUUUUCUUCUCCAUUUCUCUUCCGUUUGCGAUUUCCUUAGCUCUAUGUAUUUGAUCAUUUUCGUUGUUACAUUAAGUCGUUUAUUAUACUUUCUCGAAGUCGCUCGAACGUCUCGUCAAAUUCGCUUUAUAUUUUGUUUUAUUUUUAAAAACGUUAUCUGUAAAGGCUGCAGUAACAUGACGUUAUCGAAAAAAAAAGUUCGUCUAUUUAAAGAUAAAUAUAUUGUACAAAUUUUUAUGUAUAGUACUUAGAUAGAAGCUAAGAGCGUCGGGCAUCAUCGGCACUGGUAAUUUAACGCGAGUCUUUACUAAAUAUAAAAUGAAAUUGUUUGUUGCAAGUAAGAUGUAAGAUGCAAAGCGCGUUGCAUUUUACGGCGUGAAAUCACGAAGGAAACUUAUGGAGAUCGCGCGAGAUAAAUCAGUCUCUUUCGCGUUCGCGCGGUGGUAUUUGUAACAGCGGCGUUUUUCGGCGAAUAGCGAUCGCGUUUUACUUGUAUAAUACUGUCGCACUAGAAUUACGGCGGCGAAGAACUAGAAAUUACUUCGAUAUGUCUCUCAUCUCGACGCGACGACGAUCGUCCUCGAGGAGAGCCUUGAGGAAGGAAAGCAGCGAGCGACGACGAAAGCCCACACGUGACGUUCAACUUCGAUGACAAUACCGCGCGAUAUCAUAUAUAUACAGCCAAUAUUAUGUAUCUUGUAAAUACGAUAUUUUUACCUUGGGUUACUUAAGAGCGUACGUGACGAGACCACUCGAGAGUGCGAUGCAACGAGUUCUUCUUUGUAUGCCAGUGCCAUUGCGCGUCACAUCAUCGCGUCACGAUUAAUUCCGCGGCAAUCACGGGAUCGGUCGAUCGAUCGAUCGAUAGAAUACUCGGGAUGAUAAUUCCGAGACGAGACGUCCGGAGGAAUCAUGCUGCGGUAAGGUAAGUCGUUAUCUUGUUGCACUGACAAGGGAACCUCAAGAAGCCGAAAAUACGGAUAAUUUAUAAAAUGAAAUUUUACAUACAUGUAGAUGAAAUAAAUAAAUGAAUUUAAAAAUUUUCAGUGUAAAGUAGCUGUAAAGGAUGAAAUCAUCCCUCAUAUAUACGCAAAGCGCUCUAACUAACUUUCGAGAUAUUAAAAAACAAGAAAAUUUAAGAUUUGUGCUACAUGAUAUACUCACCCCUAAAAAAUUUACAAUGGAGAUUUUAUCAUUGUUUAGCUCCAAUUAAAGAUUUAUAAAUUUAUUUAUUCCAUAUACGUAAAGUAUUAUUAAAAUUAUAAUUUCCUAAUUCGUGAGAUUCCCUUGUGAGAUGCUUAAAUAAAGCGAAUUUGCGAACUUCCGAUUGUGGAUGGAAUGCGCCAAAUUUUUGUUGUUAUUUCUCGCAAUAACACUCUUCAUGUUAUUAAACAUCGUUUCUGAUUAUCAAUAUGACUAGAAAUCUCGACGGGAUAAUCCCGAUGAUCUGUUCAAUAUCCCGGUGAUUAUAUAAAAAAAGCGAUAAUUUACGCGACUCGUUACAUCCCGAUAUAUAAAAUGCACUAUUAAAUACAAAUAUGUUUGGAAGUGUACAAUGGAAAUGUAAUGAUGUUUACGAAUAACGAUUUGGAUAAAAUCUUGAUAAUAAAUUAUUAAAAAUGUUAAAUGCAUUAAUUUUAAUUCUUUAUCAUUUAUUUCAUUAAAUUAUAUAUUUUAUUAGUUAUUUUAUAAUAAAUUUUUUACAGAGUUUUCUUUAUAUUUCCAUACUUUUUUGAUAAAUCCAUAGUUUGCGAAUUUUAAAUAGGAAAUUUUAAGUUUAAAGCAAAAUUAAUAAAAUAUAACGUAUCAAACAUAUUUUUAAAUUCUUUCAAAGAUAUCUUACGAAUUUUAUUAUUCUAUUUUAAGCUCGAUAAUAAGUAGGAAAUAAAGAAGUGAUUCCGGAUUUUUUACUUGAGAAAUAUCUCAAUGGGAUCUCUUUGGGAUGUAACGGGUCAAAAUUGAGAUAACAACGCUACGAGAUAUAUCGAGAUAUAUUUUUGAUUGAAACAUGAAGAAUAUUCGAUAUUGCUCGUCGCUGGGUCUCCGAUAGAUAAAGAUAGAAUAAUUGUGAAUUGAACGAUGCGUCAAAUUAAAACAGUGCUGCGAGACAGUGUGUGCGUGUUUAUUUCAAUGUGUAUUCACAUGUAUGUACGCGCGUGUGCGGGUGUAUGUGUUUUACAUGUAUGGAAAAAUUAAGGGAGAAAAAGAUAGCGAGCACGAGAUAGACAAGCGAGAGAGAAAGAGAAAGAGAUAAAGAAUGUACGAGGUCGCAAAAUAAUGUGAUAAUACGUAUGUCAAAAUUUGAAAUCCGAUUUUUCGAAACGGUGCUUUUUCUAUUUUAUAAAUAUUGUACAAUAUAUUGUAUACACAACAAUAGCACAACGGACUCGGCGCGUUGUAUAGGAUUGUUUAAUGAUAUUAAGAGGAGAUAUCUGAAUACUACGUUAUAGUAAAUGUGGCAAUGUCGAGCUAGUUACUUAGUGGAGCACUUUUUUUAGGGGUAUAUGGGAUAAUUUCUAAUAUGUUUAAGCAGCGGUUGUUCCUUAAAGGAAAUUCUGCGAUUGGGUUUCCUCGAGCGGGAUCUAACUGAUGAUUACUGUAACUGGAUUGCUCGCGGAUAUGAGUCCCACAUUUCUGAAAAAUUAGUGCGCAAUUUUUGAAAAUUUUCACAAAAUAGAUAUCAUCGUCGUGAAUGUUUUUUUUUCUCUUCUUUCUCAAAUUUUACCAUCAAACUUUUAGAUACACGUAAUUAAAUGCAAUUUUAUCCUUUUUUCCUUUAAUUUAAUUUAAAAAAUUCAAAAACAUUUUUGGUUAAAUUAUAUUUAUAAAUGACAUGCUAUUUCUAAAAAUAAAAGGCUUGUUGUAUACGAGGUAAGGAAGCAUCGACUCGGAAAAGGACGAUCACUACCAUACAUCGAGUACUUAAACGCUUACGAGUGAUACUAUAAUUUCUGUACACUCUACGUUCGCCUUUUUCACCUUCGCUCACUUUGCAGCUUCAGAAAAUGUUAGUGAUUGCUAGAAUAUAGAAGAAAUUAAUGACGAUCGGAUAAAUCAACUGUUGGAUGGAAUAGUGUUAUAAAUAAUUUCUCUUGUUGCGUCAGAAAUGCAAGAAAACUGUGGAAGUACCUAAAA